CUUGCAACUUGGAUUAAAAAUUCAGUCGAAGAUUGAAAGACAUGAAAAUCGCCUAAAAAUAUAAAAUUAAAGACUAAAAACGAUGUCUGUGAUAAAUCCUGCUAUUGAACCCAUAAAAUUUCUCAUUGGAACAUGGGAAGCAACAGAAGCUAAAGGUCAUUAUCCGACAAUUUCUGACUUUUCGUACAACGAAACUCUCGUUUUUGACUCGAUUGGUCAACCUUUGCUGAAUUAUUCGAGCAAAUCCUACCAUCCAGAGACCAAUAAACCGAUGCAUUUCGAGAGCGGCUUCCUGCGCAUCAAUCCGGGAACGCAAAAUCUCGCUUUUAUGGUGUCUCACAACUUUGGUUUGGCAAUUCUUGAGGAAGGAACUGUCGAUGAGAACGAGAAACGGAUCUCGUUGGAGUCUAAAACAAUCGCUCGCAUGUCAUUUUCCAAAGAACCUGAAGUCACGGGCCUUCGGAGAACGAUUCAAUUGUUGCCCGAUGGAAAUUUGAAGAUAAAUACUGACAUGAGAACAAGCAGAACUGAUUACACGAAUCACCUGGAAGUCGUUUACAAGAAGAAAAAUUGA